AUGAAUAGUUUAGUAGUGGUUAAUAUUUGUAUUGUUUUAUUACAUAUAUUCAUUUUGGUCAACCUAACUACAGCAAUUUGUGGACUUGGUGGUUCAUCUUGUAGGUAUUUAGGUGAUUUUGAUAAACGCAAUGUUAUAUGUCAUAAAGAUGUAGUGAAGGUAGAAAAACUUCCAAAAGAAUGCACAUCUUUUGUUUUUGAUGGAGUUAUUUGUAAUAAAGAUUAUGAAAUCGUGUAUGGAACGAUGCCAGAAGAUUUUGAGCACUUAAAAUUACUUUUAGAUUUUGAGGAUGGUACUCAUAAUGUGUACUUAUUUUAUAAACAUCGAACCCUUAAAGAUUGGUCAAACGCACUUUUUUUUGGAGAUUUUGAAAUAGAAGCACAAAAAGUGCAAAAAUUUAUUGGUGAAUAUGCUGUAAAGGGGUUGAUUUUGAAUGGAAUGGAAUAUCCUGCCUUAGAAAAUUGCAGUGGAGUCGACUUCUACAAGAAAUUUACAGACUAUGUAACAGUUAUUAAAACUAAAAUUCCAGGUUUGGAAAUUGGGUUUUAUUUGAGUGCUAGAACUUUGGUACUAAGUGUAAAUAAUGAGCUCAAUUCAACUUGGUUUGAUUUUUGUAAGAUGAAUGACGUUUUGGAUUUCUAUGUAAUUGAAUUUGGUACUUUCAAUGAAUGUUGUGAUGAAUUCUUACAUGGUGGAAUUACUCCUCUUCAUUCAACAGAUCCAGCCGUUAUGACAUUAGAAAAAUUUGCAGCAGCUUUAAAGCAAUCUACCAUUGCAAAAGAAAAAGUUUAUUUUGAAUUUUUAAUAAGCCCUAUACCGAAACCUAAAGAUUCAGCACAUUUGAGCCAUUGUGUAUUAUCGUACAACGAGUAUUGUGAAAACCGCGAACAUUACCAAGGAAAAUGGUGUGUCGAUAACCAGGACAUAUUGUAUGAAAAAGGUAAAUUUGCCAAAAAAUAUUCACAAGGAUUCAUAGGGAAAGAUAUAGAUUUAGUCGAUCGUGAUAAUAAAUGUGAUUGUGAUAAUAAGUAUAUUACGUUUUAUAUGAUAUUAAAGGGAUAUACUGAUGCAAUUGAUAUACUAACUUGCAAAGCAUUCAAUUAG